AUGUCUAACUUAACUAUUGAAAUGAAAGCCAAAGCGAAAGUCGAGACAUCUUCCAUGUCGAGCUCCAGUAGUUCUACAACCGUCAAUCUUCCUUCAUUCUCUCCAUCACUCAAUCUUCCAGUCAAUGCCAUGGGCAUUCUUUCCUUUCGCUUUCCCACUCCCGAUUUUCAGACCGAAAUCAUCAUCAACCGCCUAGAUGGCAGCAUAGCCUAUGUCUCCACGCACGAUCGAUCCUGGUCCGGCGAUAGCAUCUUGCCGCGUCCUAAGGCUGGGAGUUUGAUUCAAACUGAAUACUUUGGUCUGCGUAAUCCUAUCCUACGACUCUUGCAGACCUCGAGUAUAGUUCCGGAUGAGGUUCAAGCCACGCCGAGAUGGCUAUUGCGAUCAGCGCGCUUUAAUAUACCUGCUAGUGCGGAGUAUGAAUGGAAGUAUGCGGGAGAGAAACGGGAAGAUGGAAAAGUCAAGUUAAUUGUACUGCGCGCCGUAGACUCUGAACUAUCGUGUAAUGGCGGCAAGUUGGAGAUUGAUGACGGGGCAUUGCAGGGGCUUGAGGUGAACGAGUGGGUGAUUGUCGCAACCUGUCUGGUCAUGUUAAAACGGGAGGUUGAUCGACGUCGAAGCAUUCAAUUUGCAAUGAUGGCCGGUAGUGGCGGGAGUUGA